AUGAAUAAAGAGGAGCUACUUCAACACCUCCUGAACACUCUGUCUCCGGACAAUGCCUUGCGGAGCUCGUCUGAACGGAGCCUUGUGAAAGCAUUGGCUGAGACAGGUGUUCUUGCAGACUGUCUGGAAAUCUCUACCGAGCAAUCGUUGCCGUCUCAUAUUCGGCUUGUCGCCAUCACUUUCGUGAAGAACCGGAUCCGCAACUCGUGGUUCAUCUCCGAGCGCUCUCCAGAGCAACUGCUAGGGCAGCGCAUCAAACCAGAGGAGAAAGAGCGGAUCAAGCGCCAACUGAUCCCGGCAAUUAUUAGCUGCACAGGGAACCAGGCUGUCCUCAAACAGCUCACCUCCUCUAUGGAGCACAUUCUUCGUUUGGAGUCCACGUGGGAUACAGAGCUGCUGGAGUCGGCACACAGCAUGCUCAGAGAGCACUCGGACAAUUUCGACUACGUUUAUGCCAGCUUGCUUCUGAUCCAUCAGGUCUCGAAAUACCACCGUUUUGAUGCCCUGGAGAACAGAGCUUUCAUGAAUGCUCUCGUGGCCAAAUUCUUCCCUGCACUAGAGACACUCCUAGAAUCAUACAUUACCCAAAUACCGUCCAGCAUUCAGGUGGCUCAGCUGAUUCAUCUGGUUCUGAAAAUAUACAAGUACUGCACUUACACUGAAAUGCCAGACUAUUUCAACAGUGACCUGAAUCUGCUUAGUAAAUGGUGCGGCUACAUGUUCCAGGUCAUCGAUCUGGACAAUACCAGCCUCAGGGACCUUGACGCUGUUGAGCGGGCAAGCCACCCUGUGUCCAAAUGCCAAAAAUGGUCAUUUGCAAACCUUCAUAGACUUAGGUCGCGACACUGCACUAACGACAACAACCAGGCACUGCAGCAGAGCCUAAUAGCACAUUUUCUUCCUUCCAUUCUCCAGCACUACUGGUCAGUCAUUGGCAGAUGGACGCAAUCAAAGAAUGACCAUUGGCUCAGCGAGGUGUCUCUCUACCACCUUGUGGCAUUUAUCAGCGAGUGUUUACAGUACGACGGCAUCUGGGGAUCCAUCAAAGAACAACUCGAUCCGCUGAUUCGUCACGUGAUUGUCCCUAUGCUCAGCGCGUCUGAGGAGACCGUGGAGCUGUUUGAGGACGACCCUCAGGAGUACCUCCGAAGGUUCUACGAUAUAAAUCACGACUCGAAGACGGCAGACGUUGCUGCCAACGAGUUUGUGUACGCGCUGACGUACCGGCGCUUUGAGGAGUCUGUUGUUGUGGUGAUGAGCAUCUUGAAUGAGAUUUUCCAGAGCAGGCAGCAAAACCCGGCUGACGAACAUGUUGCGUACAAAACUGAAGCCGGCUUGAGACUUCUCAGCAAUGUGUGGAUGAAGCUCAAUAAGCCCAACAGCCCAAUGAGGGAUCAGCUGGACGAGAUCACAAAGUCGUUUAUCCUACCCCAGCUCUCAGACAGCAAGUAUAAGUGGCUGCAGACGAGGGCCUGCGAGACGAUCGCCCUCACAACACAUAGCUGCAAGGAUAUUCAGCUGCUUUCGAGCGUAUUCGAGAAUGUGAUGACCUGUUUUGCGAAAACCAGCCCGCUUCCGUUGCGGAUUGAGGCCGCCGAUGCUCUGCGGUAUCUAGUCUCGUUCGAGCCGAUUGCGAACGAGCUUUCUCCUAGAAUAUCUCUUGUGAUGUCUGAGCUGCUUGAGAUGAGCAAUAAUUUCGAGUUUGAGCUUAUUAACGAGAUCAUGGACGAUAUUGUUUCGAAGUUUGCCAAGGAUCUCGAGCCGUUUGCCACGCAGCUGGCUUCCAACCUCAAUACGCAGUUCUUGAGGAUUGCAGAGGAGCUGCUGCGGUUGCAAAAUGUCGACAGUGACAAACAAAGCUCAGAGGAAACGGAUAAAGAGUACCAGGCUGCGUCGAUUCUGAACACACUCACGACCAUGAUAACGACUAUGACGUCUCAAAAAGAGAUCACUUUUGAGCUGAUGAAAACUAUCGAGCCGGCAAUUAGAUUUGUGCUGGAGAACGGACUUGCAAUCUUCUUGACGGAGAUGAUGGAUCUCUUGGAGUCCAUAAACUACACGCUGAAGGUGAUGAUUCCUGAAUCGUGGGUCAUUUUCCAAUGUGUGAUGGACUCUUUUGAAAAUUACGGAUUCGAGUACUACGACAACUACGAGCCUUAUUUUGAGACCGUGUGCAUCCACGGGUUCAGGAACACCGACAUCGCCAACGACGUGCAUUUGCAGCAGUUCCUUUCAGCCAUCCUGAGGCUACUCGAGACCGAUGACUAUGAGGCAGAUGUUGGCCUUGUGGAGUUCGUAUACAAUUUGCUUUCUACUGUCAUUUUGUCGGUAGGCCCAAAUAUCGAGCCGGCCCUGCCACAAAUUCUGCAACCAGUCUUGCAGACGGCUGCAAAAAUGCAGGCUGACCCCAACGAUGACGAGAUCUUUCAGGACACCCUUAAGCCGUUCCUGAAAAUAUUUAUUUCCUGUUGCUUUGUUCGUCCGGUGCAGACCUCGCAGCUGAUUGGCGAGCAGUUCAUGAAACUAAUCGAGCUGUGGUUCAAUAGCGAAAACAGGCUCACUACGGUUUUCGAUCUCAAGCUGCAGAUUCUGGCCCUGAUUUCGCUCUUGAGCGUCGAUGUGGGCAUCCUCUCAAACCAUAGUGACGUGAUUUUGCACCGCUUGAUUGCCUGCUUCGAGAAACUUCCCGCAGCCAUCGAGAAGCGCGUCAUGCUCAUGAAACGUGACAUGGCAAUCUCGCAGCUCGUCGAGACCGGAGAAUACGACGGAGAAAUAUUCGGCGAGCACGACGACGACGAAGAACUGGACGAGCUCACCAAGGACUCGCCCCUGGAUCCAAUCAACGUUGUGGAGGAAUUCAAGUCGUUUGUGUCAAGAGAGCAGCAGAGACUAAAAGACCUGCUGCCUCCUGAAAAGCAACAGUUUGUGCACGACCUGAUCAAUAAAUAA